UGCAACCAACGUUGCAAAUUCUCAGUUUAACUCUUGAAAAUUGUUUCCUUCAGUUAAUGUAAAGUUGGUAAUGGAGAUUUCGAACACGAUGUAAAAAUUACCGAUGUUCAGUAAUAUACUUUGGUCCAUUGCACAGCUCACUGUUUCAGCACAUGUGCUGGCCUUUCAUGUAAAUCAAAAUACAGAGAAAAUCGACCGCUUGCUGUGGCUAGCUCAUAUCAGGCAUCUCUCGCCUGGAAGUCGGAUGUAUAAUUUAACAUGAUGUGUCAGGGAUCAAAUUAUGGGCCUGUCACUGUAGUAAGCAGCCAUAAGUGAAAUUGGAUUAGGAUGCUGUAGUUUGUAAAAUUUUAGUGCAGCGUAGAGUUGACAGUGAGUUUGGAUAAGCUGAACACUGAGUUAGGACUUGUAGGCCUGUUUAUCCUUAAAUCAUAAUGAGAAGAAUACCCCAUACGGCCAUACUUGAUUAAUUAGGUAACAUUUGCUUUUGCCUGAGCAUGAUUGAUACUUUUUUGCUGUUAACUCAGCACAUGCUUCUGCUCUAGUCCCACACCUACUACACCUUCACAACUAUUUGGCUCUGAUCUUCACAUUAUCCAUGUUGGUCGCCAUGGCGUGGGAGCUUAUAGAGGUUGCUGGUAACCUAACGUCCCUCCAACAUUCUACAGUUGAUGUGCUAGCUGCGAAGAUUGAACCCCAUGUAGCCAAUUCCCUUAUCCGGCAAUUGAAUCAGGUAUGCCCAUUGGAGAAUCUGAGGCAUGUUAAGCGGGUGCGUCGGCGUAUUGAAUGUGGAAAACCUGAGCUAUCGAUCAUCUUAUGCCUUCCCUUUGGGCCUGAAAAUUGUAAAAAUGGGUUUCCCGAUCGUGUACAGAAGGUAGUAGAGACUUAUCAGUUGAUACCUUUUAUUGCCAAAGUUGCCAGUUGUCCUGCUAUGUCGAAAGAGGACUGGGAGGAACAGUGCAAACUUUGGCCAACUUCUUAUCAUCCCCCGCAUGACAUCGAUGGUGCAUCUGGGUUUAAAGAUGAGGAAUUGCCAUCAAUAUUUGAUUGCAUGAGGACUGCUAUCCAAUUAUCAGAGGUGGGCAACGCGGCCAUUAUUGUUGAUCCAUCAAGUAUGCAAAUUAUUUCGAAGGCUGCAGAUCAAAUACACCAGCAUGAUGCUUCUCUAAAAAGGAAUACACGUGUCAGAGUGGAAUCAGAUGGUGCCUCCUCCUUAUCUGAAACAACUGAGGAUAAUGAUAGGAAGUUUUUGCUGUCAAGCUCACAUGUUCGCAGUGACUUGAAGAUGGAGGUCUCCUGUAUAAACUUGUGGGGAUGGACGAAACACAGGUCUUCGGAGCAGAAGAGAUUGCCUUCUGAAGGUGGUUUUCUGUGGCAUCCUCUGAGACAUGCUGCCAUAGUUGCUAUUGAAAAUGCUGCCGAGAGGGAUAAAAUGUUAUUCCAUACUUCAACUUCGUCAACAACCAAACUAAAUUUAAAAGGCGAUAUGCAGGCUUGUUCUGAUAAUCCACGAGUAAACUGGCCAAAGGAUAAAGAACAAUCUGCUCAUCAAGAAUGCUGGAGUGACUUGUGUAGAAGAAACAUGCCCUAUCUUUGCACAGGAUUUGACAUCUACCUUGUUUGGGAACCAUGCACGAUGUGUGCUAUGUCACUUGUACAUCAAAGAUUCAAGCGCAUCUUCUAUGCUUUCCCUAAUCCAAAUGCUGGAGCGCUGGGCAGCGUCUACAGAUUGCAUAGGGAGAAGAGUUUAAAUCACCAUUACUUGGUUUUUAGGAUAAAAAUGCCCGAGCCAUAUUUGAAUGGUAGGAGUGAUUUCUCUAACAAAUGCUGCUCAGAUUCUGCAUCACCUUAGUUUGGAAACAGCAUGAGCUUUUUUCUGGCUCUUUGGUUCUGCUUGGUCAUCUCUGCUUUUUAUGGGCGGUGGCGACUGUCUCAUCUUUUUUUACUGAAUGUUCCAUGACCCCCUUAUUUGGCUGAUUGGCUCCCCUGCAAGCCUUCCCUUGCCACCUUCAGUAC